UCCUGCACAGAGAAAUCGGGCGAUGGAGGAGGAACCCAACAUAGGCUUGAUGCAGAGGCUGGGGGCUCUAUGGCCUGCCAAGUCGCCAGCAGCUAUCUGACGCGUAACAUGCAACUGGUGCCACUGCGCGUUCGCCAAGCAAGCCCACCCCCUUGCUAGCAGCGCUCUCUCCAAUCGAGGAGAUGCGCCUUUCCCCUCCCUUCCCCGCCAUCUCCCCCUUCAUUCAAGGCCUGGGGGAGCUGCGUUUCCGAGAAGCGGCAGACGGCAGCCAGAAGGCUUGGGCUGUUGAGUAAGCAGCCCCCGUCUCAGUCCCGGCCCUCCCCGCCCCGCGCCCUGCGCUUCCACCGGGUGCUGAGGGCCGCGGUGUGGGCGCGCGGAGCAGUCAGGGCGCAGGUGGGCAGCGCGCACGGCCUGCCAGCCCGGGACGCCAGAAUCCUGCGCUGCGGGGCCGAGAGAGGCGCCGCGCCUGCCGCAGGCUGGAGCUUCCCGCGAACCUCGGGGCGCCCAUGACGGCGGCGGCGACGGCUACCGUGCUCAAGGAGGGUGUGCUGGAGAAGCGCAGCGGCGGGCUGCUGCAGCUGUGGAAGCGGAAGCGCUGCGUGCUCACCGAGCGCGGGCUGCAGCUCUUCGAGGCCAAGGGCACGGGCGGCCGGCCCAAGGAGCUCAGCUUCGCCCGCAUCAAGGCCGUAGAGUGCGUGGAGAGCACCGGGCGCCACAUCUACUUCACGCUGGUGACCGAAGGGGGCGGCGAGAUCGACUUCCGCUGCCCCCUGGAAGAUCCCGGCUGGAACGCCCAGAUCACCCUAGGCCUGGUCAAGUUCAAGAACCAGCAGGCCAUCCAGACAGUGCGGGCCCGGCAGAGCCUCGGGACCGGCACCCUCGUGUCCUAAACCACCGGGCGCACCAUCUUUCCUUCAUGCUACCCACCACCUCCGUGCUGAGGUCAAGGCAGCUUCGUUGUUCCCUCUGGUUGGUGGGGGCACGGCUGUGCUCCACGUGGCGAGGUGGAAGGCGUGGACGUGUGGAGGAGGCGCUGGAGCUGAAGGAAUGGACGGGUCCUGGGAGGAGGGCAGAAGGCUCUGCAGGGCUGAGGAUGAAGAUUCAGCUCCCGGAUGGUCCCAGACUCUCAGGACAUGCCCAGCUCAGGGGCUUCGAGCCACAGGCCUGGCCUCAUAUGGCAUGAGGGGGAGCUGGCAUUGGUGCCCUCUCCCUGCUGUGGUCGUGUCCUCUGUCCUGCAGACUGCUCUUAGCCCCCUGGCUUUGUGCCAGGCCUGGAGGAGGGCAGUCCCCCAUGGGUGCCGAGCCAACGCCUCAGGAAUCAGGAGGCCAGCCUGGUACCAAAAGGAGUACCCAGGGCCUGGCACCCAUGCCCACUCCAGAAUGGCCUCUGGACUCACCUUGAGAAGGGGGAGCUGCUGGGCCUAAAGCCCACUCCUGGGGGUCUCCUGCUGCUUAGGUCCUUUUGGGACCCCCACCCAUCCAGGCCCUUUCUUUGCACACUUCUUCCCCCACCUCUACGCAUCUUCCCCCCACUGCGGUGUUGGGCCUGGAGGUGGUGGGGGUGGGGGGGGUUUGGCCAUUACCAUUUCACGUCUUUCCCCAAAUGAAGAUGCCCCGCAAGGGGCGGUAAUCACA